AUGCAGGUGGCACCGCUCCUCUCCUCCCCUGCGGUGCCCACCUUUUCAAAGUUCCGGGAGCCUCCCGCCGCGCUCUCCGAAGAGUGGCGCAGCUGGUCGACCGCGAACUCCGUGAGCCCGGCCGAACUCUCCAACGCCGCAAUCCGGCACGCACUCGCGGUGACCCGCUUUUGCAGCGCGCGCUCACUCGGCUGCACGUGGGCGGAGCACCACGCGCUGCUGGACAUGAGUCGCGCACCAUACGCUCACCUGUACGACCAGCACACCGUCCCGAGCGAGGCGCGUCCCGACGCCACGAGCUGCGCGCGGCUUCACCGCCCGAACGCCUCGCAGCUGCUCGCGCUGGUCCGCGACUCGCAGCCGGCAGUGCUCACCGGCCUCCUGGACGGCUGGCCGGCAACGCGCAAGUGGACCGACGAGUACCUCGCGGCCGCACUCGGCGAGCGCAGAGUGGCGCUCUCGAGGAUCCAGUACUUAGGCACCUUCGACGAGCCUGAGCCCAUCGAGCGGUGGACCGGCACGAGCAGCGGCGGCGGCGGCGGGGCGAGCGGAGAGUGGGUGAUCGCGCGGCCGGCGCACGAGACGAUGAAGUUUCGCGACGCGCUGCGCGCCAUCGCCUCCGCCGGCGAGAGCGGGCUCUCUCGCUACCUCGAGUACUUCCCGCUCGAGGCGUUCCGCUCCCCAUCGCUGCUCGCCGACCUGGCGCCGCCGGCCGCCGCCGCCGCCACGGCCGCCGCCGACGAGACGGAGGCGCGGUCGUGGGCGCGCACGGGCGGCGGCGCCGGCUCUUCGUUUGGAGACGGCGACGCGUCGGCGGCGCCGCCCCUGCGGGGGCGCGGCAACGAGGAGGCUGGCUCGUUGCCGCUCGCCUCGUGGCUCCUCCCGAGGAAGCAGCUCUUGUGGCUUGGGCCCGAGAACACCGUCACCGACCACACCCACAAAGAACCCUGCACAAAGAUCGCAAGGGCGGGGACCUGUUCCUUUUUACCCACCUCACAGUAG